AUGGCAGACCCUCUAUCCAUUGCUGGUCUGGCGACUGGCGUCGUCUCCCUCGGCAUACAGCUUUACCACGAUCUACAGACCUUUCUCGACAUAGUGAAGCAUCGAGAUGAAGAUAUCGCCAAACUCACACGACAAGCUGCGACAAUGGCUCAGGUCUUGGACGCCAUUGACCGGUCUCUACAGAACAGCAACCAGGCAAACAAUGGAGUCGUCGAUAGUGCCACUAUCAUACCACUUCUCGAUGCAUCGCGCCAGGAACUGUUUCUUCUACAACAGGAAGUCGCGUCCCUCACAAAGACAUCAAAAGGCCAGAAGGCCUCAGGUGUGGUAGAAUUUGCAAGGAUCACAACGCAAAAGCUCAAGUAUCCGAGACAGCGCGCCAACAUCCAGAAAUUGGAGGAGGGUUUGGACCAAGCGAACACAACUCUUCAACUCGCCCUCAAUGCAUUUGGACUAUACGAGAGCCUGAAACACUUGCUGAUUAUUGCCCUUCUAUCAACCUUCAGAUCCGAACUAAGCUCCAUCAAGUCGAAUACCGAAGUGGUGGCUUAUGGCCUCAGCAACGUCCAGAAAACCCUUCCCGACGUCGAAGCUCGUGUAUCAGAGCUGUCGGAAAAACUGGUGGCAACGAACCAAACGGCCACACAGAGCAUCCAGAACGUCGAAGGAAUCCUGAACCUUGUCAUUUCUUCCCAUCAAGCCGACCUUAAACAGCUUGGGCAAGCACAAUCCAAUGAGUUUAGCCAAAUGAAGCAGCUCAUCCAAGACCUUUCGCUGAAGAUGGAUGCCAAUGCUUCCAUCGGUCCAAAGGACAUUGAAGUUCACCGGAACCUGGCUUGUCUCAUGUCGAAGCCAAGCGCACUCAAAACACUUUGUGAUGAACAUUAUGGCGAGCCCACGUCCUGGAGUCCACCCGACACAAGAAUCUGGCCUGCCUGUACUUGCCGGUGCUCCCAAAUCAUCACUCAGCGAUCUCUUGAAUGGGGUCCUUUUCGACUAUCCACGAAAUCCAAGGCAGAAUUCGUUCACCAUGAAAGCUGUCAAUGGGCACGAUUCGAUACGCCUAAACGGUCCAAAGCCAUAAGUCUUGCGUAUCGUGGGUUUACUCACCUACUCCGAUGUGCUGUCGUUAUCAAUUUCCGCUUGAACCAUGGUGCAGGUGGAUUCAGCUUAGGCCCCGGCAUUGUCUAUUAUCCCGUCGUGGAUGAGAAUGUUUACGCGCCUUUUAGGCUUGUUGAAUAUGUUUGCGAAGCUAUAAUAACGCUAGAUCCAACCUUGAAGCACAAAGUGUUGGAAGCCUUCAGCAGACAUAUAUCGCGAGCUUGUUUCAACGGAGUGAUUAUUCCCCGAGCUGUCAACAUCGGUGGUGAGACAUUACUGCAUUACAUUUCACAUCUUAUUCAGGUAACAAACCCUGACUUGAGCCAGGAGGAUUACACGUACGGUGUGCUCAAACAUUGGUGGACUCCAUCGAUGAUUGCAUUAGUCCACAAGAUUCUUGCAAACUUGAUCAUGUGUAAUGUCCCAUCGACAGUUUGCGAUAAUGACGGAAGGCUUGCACAUUUGACGAUAGCCAACUAUAUCCCCCAUACAAACAAGAACAUGCUGGUUCCCAUGACCACCCUUCUCGAGUUAUUUACCUCGCGAGACAUGGAUUUCGAUCCUCCCCAGGCUAGAGACCAGCCAGACCCCUUUCUACCUGGAUUCGCAUAUUUGAAACCCCUCCCCGAGCCUUCGGUCUUCAGCAAAGCAUUCUGUUGCAAUCAAUUGGGUACAGCGAUCCUGCAACGGGAUAUUUCAUCUGUCAGGUCUCUCCUAUCCCGCGCUCCGUCCUUGGUAUUCGAAUGGGACCUGAAUGGCAUGACCCCACUUCACUACGCCGUGCUUUGGAAGGAUGGCUUGUCCAUUAUCCUGGAGCAAGUUCCAGUCGAGAACUUUGCGGAGGACUUGGCCUGGGACAUCUUUCGAUACGCUCUAUCGGCAUAUCGAACGAGUUGUCCAGAUCUGUGCUUGGAGAAAUGCCAUUGCUCCGAAUGCAUCAUGUUAUUCCUUGACCAUUCCUGGUACUUCGCUCCAUGUUCAAGCCGGGGCCGAGAUCACGGUACACUUCGCUUGUUACUGGGACAAUCGCCACUGAGCGCCCAGGAGAAGUUCUUGUUAUAUCUCAAGCAGUCUCGGCAGGAAAUUGUCGGCCUUGCACUGCAAAAGCUCUUUGGUGAUGACAUGGGACGUCAACUUGAUACGGUCCAUUGGAUUAUCGACCACCUGCAAAAAACAGCGACAACAUCUCCACCUACGAGACGCGCAAGAAUCCAAGCCGCAGUUGAUUCCUUCACCAUAUACUGCGAGAUAGACUACGCACAGACGGCAGAAUUUGCCUCGCAGUUGGGAUUUCCCUUCCCACCCCUCGUGCACAACGCCCUUGUGGAAGACUACGCCCUUGUGGAAGACUACGCGCUGUGGCUGUUGGAUCAUGGAGCCGACCCGCUACAACCCCUCCACGACAUUGAGAAUUGCAAUGCUCUAACACUGGCAGCUCACAAAGCUAUCUAUUGCAUUACUAGCCCACGUUGGGACCAGUGGGGCGAUAUAGGUGUAGCUGGGCUUGAGCUAAAUGUGCUGAGCCAAGCCGCGCAUGAGGUGGCUCGUCAUGAACCAACAACGGACAGUUGUCUAUGUGCAUGCUCUGCAAAUGGCUGUACGCCAUUCCUCAUUCUGUUGAGGAUCCUGGCUCCUAGGUCCUUUAACUCCCCACGGUACGCAUUGUCUCAGCCUAAGGACUAUGCCUGUGAGUUUACACAUAUUCGGACAAUGUUAUACGGAAAUGACGGCUUUUACGAAGUACAAUUCUGCGAGGCUUUACGCCUCUUCACGUUCAUGGCUCUCGGUAUCCGACACACGUGUUGCAAAAAGCACGGCUACCAUAACGAAGGCAAUGUAGACGAAAUCCACGAGGAGGACAGCGAGCUUGUAGAUAUCCUUGAAAAUUUGAUGGAGCAGUGGCAGGAUGUGAGCUUCGAAUCUGCAAACGAUUUUUGGUGUUUUCUCCAUCACGACUGGGUCAUCCGUCUAAACGAAGUCUUCGAAGAUAUGCGCCAGAUCGACCAGACAGAGGAGAAUAGGGACCGGCUCCAAAGCCUGGGCGUUCAGCUUCAUGCUCCUAUUGUGGACGCCAACGUUCCAGAGCCGCCGGUACGAAGGAGAAGGUUCAUCUGGUGGGAGGAGAGCUUUUGGUUGGACCUUCUUGACACGGUUGCAGAGGGAGGUGAUACAAGCUAUUUUGACCGCGUCCUUGAAGAUGCUUGGGACAUGAGACGGGGUAUAGGAAGAUGGGACGAAGAGGAGGGGCAAUGGGAAGGAGAAUAA